AUGGACAAGUCUAUUAUACGAGCAGGGAAGCACAGGGAGACACAGAGAGACGCAGGGAGACGCAGAAAGGCAGAGGGAGGUGCAGGGAGACGCAGAGAGACGCAGGGAGGCACAGGGAGAUGCAGGGAGAUGCAGAGAGAUGCAGAGAGACACAGGGAGACACAGAGAGACGCAGGGAGAUGCAGGGAGGCAGAGGGAGGCGCAGGGAGACGCAGGGAGACGCAGAGAGAUGCAGGGAGACGCAGAGAGACGCAGGGAGGCAGAGGGAGAUGCAGGGAGAUGCAGAGAGAUGCAGAGAGACGCAGGGAGACGCAGAGAGAUGCAGGGAGACGCAGAGAGACGCAGGGAGGCAGAGGGAGAUGCAGGGAGAUGCAGAGAGAUGCAGAGAGACACAGGGAGAUGCAGAGAGAUGCAGGGAGAUGCAGGGAGGCAGAGGGAGGCGCAGGGAGGCGCGGGGAGAUGCAGAGAGAUGCAGGGAGGCAGAGGGAGGCGCAGAGAGAUGCAGGUGCUCAGUGGAGUGCACUCUGA